AAUAGGACCGUUACAGAUGUUUGUAGAAAUAUUUCAGAAUAUCUUUUACCAGUGAAUUUUUAUCUUUUUUUCGGAAAGCCCAAGAACAGUAAAACCAAUUAUUUAACAUAAAUAAUUGAUCGCUGAUCGAAAUUUGAAUUAUUUAGUAAAAUAAGAUAAAAUGCGUAAAAAUCUGUAAAAAAACCGCAUCGACGAAUCAUCAAAAUAUAUAUUGGCAGAUCGUUAAUGAAAUAAACAACGUUGAUCUUUUGAUUUAUAUGAGCGCUUACAACCAUCUAUCAUAGCAUCGAUGUUUACAAAGUUUCAAAGCCAAACGCUUAUAUCUAUAUUACAUUAACAUAAGAUCGUCAUUAUUCGACCAUUCAUUUGAACAGAAAACGAGUGUAUUCCGCAAGACGAUGCACGCAGCACGGCAAUUCGAGGUGUAGACGCAGAUAGCUUAAGCAAGGUGGUUGCUUGCCGAGUGUGAGACAUUUCGUAUGUCACUUUUAAACUCUUGUGCAAAAAAAAUUGCUUUUUUGUAUAAUACGAUGAUCAAACCUGUAUAAAAUGACUGUAUAGAAAGAUGAAUAUUAUUAAAAUAUUUUUUACGAGGAUUUGUUAAUAGAAAUUAUACUAAAAGAAAGUAUCAGACAUGGAAGUACUAAAUAAACUACGUAAUACUGUCACCAAUACCUUGAGUAAUACUGUUAGUAGUACCGCUCAUAGUUUGUCACAGUUAUCUAGUGUUUUACCUGGAAAUCCAGUGACAAGAGAAUUUGAAGCUACCGCCCAUAUAUGUAGUGCUGGCCCUGGAUUACUAUGGAAAGUAUACAGUGGCUUUAAAAAAUCAACAAAACAGAAAGCUGCGAUAUUUGUAUUUGAAAAACGUUUAUUAGAUCAGUGGACUGACAAAACAACAAGGGAUAUUAUUUUAGAUACAUUGAGAAAAGGUGUUGUUCAGUUGACAAAACUCAGACAUCCACAAAUAUUAACAGUGCAACAUCCUCUGGAAGAAUCAAGAGACAGUUUAGCUUUUGCUACUGAACCAGUUUUUGCAAGUUUAGCAAACAUUUUAGGAUUUGUAGAUAAUUUACCGCAAUCAGCUCAAGCUACUUUUAGAGAUUACAAAAUAUUAGAUCUUGAAAUAAAAUUUGGACUAUAUCAAUUGGGUGAAAGUUUAGCCUUUCUACAUAAUGAUGUUAAAAUGUUACAUCGGAACCUCUGCCCUGAAUCUAUUGUAGUUAAUGAUCAUGGAGAUUGGAAAAUUUUUGGCUUUGACUAUUGUAGCAUCAAUCAAACUCCUGAAGAUAAGCCAAGCUGGGCUUGCAUAGAUAACAAUUCAAUCCCUAGUACUGUUAGAACUCCUAUUUACUAUCAAGCUCCAGAAUGUAUUAAAGCAUCUACCAUAGGCCCACCUAGUGAUAUAUUUUCUCUUGGUGUACUAAUUUGUUAUCUUCAUGCUCAUAAUCAUGGUCUAUGGAAUUCUCAAAAUGAUUUAGCAAAUUACAAGCUAUAUUUAGAAGAGUUAAAAAGUGCAGUUUCUUCUUCCAGUUUUAAUUUGCCAAACAUAUUGAAAGAUACUGUCAAACUAAUGCUACAUAAUGAUCCAGAAUUGCGACCUGAUGCAUAUCAAUUUAUAAAGAUUGAAUAUUUCAAUGAUAUAGAAGUGAAAACAUUGAUAUACUUAGAUAAACUUUUUCAAUGGGAUAAUUUUCAAAAGUCUAAAUUUUAUAAAGGAUUACCGCAAAUUUUAAAGCAAUUUCCACGACGAGCUGUUUUGCAGAAAGUACUGCCAGCUCUUCAAAAAGAAUUCGUAAAUGCACCUAUGAUUCCAUUUCUUCUCCCAAGCAUCCUUCAAGUCAUGGAAGACUGUACAAAUCAAGAAUUCAAUGAACGAAUUCUUCCUAUGUUGAAGCAAGUAUUUGUUAUUGAAGAACCCCCACAGAUAAGCUUACUUUUAUUACAAAAAAUUGAACUAUUAUUAAAAUGGUGUUCUCCAGAUACUGUAAAAAAUUUUAUAGUUCCAAUGAUGACAAGAGCUCUAGAUUCGAAAUUAGAGCUACUUCAAGAACACUGUUUAGUGACACUACCAUCAAUUGUAUCUAUCGUAGAUAGUGCGUGUAUGAAAAAUUCUGUCAUACCAAGAAUGAAAAAAAUAUGUUUGGCUGGCAGAACUGGGAACUAUAGUUUGGGCAUACGUGUUAAUUGCUUACUAUGUUUCUCGAAAAUAGUUGAAAAUCUUGACUCCUGGAUUGUGAGGGAAGAAAUUUUACCAUUUCUCCAACAAAUACCUUGUUCUGGAGAACCAGCAAUUUUAAUGGCAAUUAUAGGUAUUUUUAAAUUAAUUUUGACAAAUAGCAAAUUAGGGAUAAGUAAAGAUAUAUUAGCAACAAAAGUCUUACCGUUUCUGUUACCACUUUGUGUUGAUCAGAGUUUUAGUCCUAAACAAUACGAACUACUUGUUUCUCUAGUAAAUGAUAUGAUUACUCAAGUUACUAUGGAACAUCGCGAGGUAUUACAACAGCUUCAAAAGAAUAGGCAAUUUCAAGAAAAUAUGUCUGAUGCCUUAAAUUUAACGACCUCUUCGAAUCCCUUGGGAGACCUUUCGUCGCCUAUAAAUCCUCUUGAAAUGUUUGAAUCAAGCGCUUUCUCGUCACCUCUACAAAGUAAACCGCAAAAUCCUCAGUCUCGUCCUCUUAGUUUAGACGAGAAGCAUAGAUUAGCUAAGCAAGAAGAAAUGAGUCAGCAAAUAAAAAAUCAAACCCCGGUGAAGCUUAAUGUAAACCCAACUGCUGUGAAAGCCAAACCAAAGGAUCUUACAGAUACUUUAUUAGCUAAUAAUUUGAAUCAACUUAACUGGUCGACCAACAAAACAAAUUUGUCAAGCACACAAUCUUUAAAUUACAUGACUUCAACGAAUUCUAUGUCUGCGAACAACUUUUCACCAAGUAACAACACACAGCAAUCGUUUGGGAACCGCAUACAGCAACCGUCCACGAUGAGCUGGAACCAAGCAGUGCCUCAGAACUUUAAUACAAGUGUGAAUAUGAUGCAAUUAGGCAAUUCAAAUGCAGGAUGGACGACUCCUGCUAUGAUGUUACCCAGUACUCCAAUGUUGAAUUCCAAUUCUUCACAAAAUCAGAAUGCGCCGAAGUUAUCGACGGAAGAAAUUAUGGACUUUUUAAAAUGAUUAUACUCGUAUUCAAUCUAUUCAUUUGUUUGUUGUAAACAUAUAAUCCUGGCGAAAAAUAUUCUGAAUAACAUUUUGUUUAGUUGAUCGUUCUUAAAAACGCGAGUUAAAAAUUAUUAAUUGAAUCUUGUGAGAUCUCGUUAUCGAUAAGUUAUCAUUAAAAGUGUAUUAAUAAUGAAAUUUAUUCUAGAUUAUUUUGAAUAUAUAUUAAUUUGUAAGUUAUAGAUCAAUUUUUUUACCAGAAAACGAAAUGAAAGAAAAAUAUUGCAAUAUUUAUUUUCUUUUUAUUUAUAUAAAUAUUUUUGCCACACUCCGUGCGCAAGGUGCGUUUUUCCCGCAUGCACGGCAGAAAACGUGCGUUGAAAGUCGCACUUUCCACACGUUGUAUAAAAAAAUACGAUGCGGCACAUGUUCGGGAAAGUUUCUCGUCUCGCGUACCUUUCCACCCUCGCUUCGCUCAGGCGUAAACGCCACACAAAACAAGAAUCUACUUUCCCGCACUUGUAUCAUUAUGAACUAUUAAUGAAAUUUCUAGUCCGUUUUUUUCAAAUUAGUUUUAAUAUUGCAAUCAAAUUUUGACAAAAUUUGCUGAUUUGUAAAUUGAUUUAUAAAUUACAUAUUAAUUAAUGUAACUGUACUGUACAUGAUGUUAUAUUUAUUUGGAUUAUUCAUAAACUUUUAUGUCAAGACAAAUUUUUAUUGUUGAUA